GUGGGAGGACCUGCGUCGACGCAUCCUUUGGAAGAAGAUCUAGAAAUAUCAUGAGGGAUCGUUCUAUGCCUGUGCGGUGCGGCUAGUUACGAGUCCUGCUGCUCAUCCAUUGUAGAUCGAUAUUGGUAUCCUUAUUUGACGCUAUCCUGAGACGCACGCCGCUCGAAGCGCUGUCCGAUUUUCCUGUGGAGGCGUGCGGCCAUUCUCCAACAAGCAAGGCAAUAUGCGCAGCAUAAUCCUGAUUCUCCUGGCGUCUCUGCAGCUGGCCUGGACCGCCGACAGACAACAAAUGACCCAGGCUGGAAUUGACGAGCACGCAAAAGCGGCCUACUUUGUCUUGAGAAGCUCAGGAUAUGUGUUCGCGCUCAACGUGGCAGAAAACGGCGAUGUCUACUUUCACAUGAAUGCGCCUGCUCGUCACUCAUGGGUGGGCGUGGGCUUCGGCUCCUCCAUGCACAACACCCGCAUGAUCGUCUCAUACAUCAGCGAGGACGGGCAUCGUAUAACGAACAGUCCUCGUAUGUCCAGAGGACAAGUGGAACCGGAAUGGGAACAAGAUGUCGUGAUUGACGACGUGCAGAGCGACUUGUAUGCGCCAUACGCAAACACUCUUAGCCCGGACGGAAUUAUGAUCGCUCAUGCCGUAUGCCGGAACUGUUCUACUUGGGCCACUGGCAGUAUUGAUACGACGAGCACAUCACAGCCCUUCAUCUUUGCCCUGGGACCAAAUAUCACGCUUCGUUCGAACGAGCUGGAUGCGCCUCUGCGACUGCACGACUUUCACGGAUCCUUUGAACUGGAUAUGACUGUGGCAACCAAUAUCUCGGGAUCAUACGGCAGAGUGCCACCACCGCAAGAUCCAGGCCUGCAAGUGGGACACGCAUAUUGGGCAUUUGCAAAUUACUUCAGCUCAAACGCUUACAGUACCGGCCAUGAUAAGGAGUGGGCGCAGAUCGUCCACGCCGUUUUCAUGUGUUUGGCAUUCCUCUUGGUCUUUCCACUGGGCGCCAUCACGCUUCGACUCGUCAGGCGGGCACCAGUCCAUGCAGCUGUGCAGACCUUUGGUCUUGGUCUGGUCGUAGUAGGAUUCGCAUUGGGCGUAUACGCCUCCAAGCUAUACAACAAGUCGAAGAACUUCAACUCCGCCCACCAAAUUAUUGGCUUGGCUGUCUUUGCUGCCAUCUUUCUCCAGAUUGGACUUGGACUCAGCCAUCAUCUCAUCUACAUGCGAUCUGGACUACCCACAAUACUUGGCAAGAUACACCGCGUCCUCGGUAUAUCAAUCCUCGUACUAGGCGUCGUGAAUGGCGGCAUCGGUCUCGACUUCGCCGGCAGUUCAGUAGUCGGCUAUGUAAUUGCAGUCACGAUUAUGACUGUGAUCUUCGGCGCCAUCUCAGCCACGAUAUACUUCUACAACAGACAUCACGUCUACAGACCCGAAAGUCAGCCCUUUACAGCACCGAAAGACCCGGCAGAUGAAUACGAAAUGCAUCAAGCCCCGUUUGCAACCAUGGGUCAGACUGGUUAUGUGCAAACACCACGCACACCAUUCUUCGGCGCCGUGAAAGCGGCAUCCUGGGACGAUGAUCCGGAGGACUAUAGGACAUAUGUGCAGAGAGGCGGAGACUUCAAAGGAGGUAUGGAGAGGCAGAUGUCAUAUACUGACACCCCUGCGUCGGAUCGCGAGAACCCGUUCAAAACGAAGUGGGAAUCUGGGUCAAUACGAUAGUUGUAAUUCUGUGGUGCUUGAAAGGAACUCGGGAAAAGCAUCAACAGGAUCAACAGCAUAGAUGAUGGGAGGUUGAAUUGCAUUUCCAAGGCAGGCUGAGCUUGUAUGUACAUAUAUACAUGUUGGUUUUAUGUGUAGAAUGAAUAUGACGGACCCUGAAACAAG